CCACAUAUUAUUAAUAGGAUUUGUUUUGUACUCAAUUCUAGUGGUAAUGGUUAUUAUUAUGUGAAACAAAAAGGAUAAGAAAAAAAUGUAAGUGUUUAUUGAGCAGGGAAAAAAACGAAAAUGACAAUUAAUUCUAUUCAAAAGAAGGAAGAAAAUUAAUUAAAAUUUAAAAUGAAGGUAGGAAAUUAAUUACAAUUUAAAACACAAGCGACGAAGUAAGGCUUUCGCAGUGUUAUAUAUAAACCAAGUAUCGCCUUGCCGCCGCCGUCCCGUCGAUCCUUUGUCUCUGCUCCUACGCAAAGUUUUCCUCCGUCGACGUUCUCCGAUCAAGAGAUUAGGGAUAGUCCCUCUAAAUCGAUUGGAAGAUCCAAUGGAAGAGAUAACUGAGGGCGUGAACAGCAUCAACCUGGCCGGAGCCGAUGCGACCAAGAAGAACCGGAUUCAGGUCUCCAACACCAAGAAGCCCCUCUUCUUCUACGUCAAUCUCGCUAAGAGGUACAUGCAGCAAUUCAACGAGGUGGAGCUGUCCGCACUUGGAAUGGGUAAUAUUACUGCUCUCCUGAUUGUUAAUCCGGGAAAUCAGUAUCUCUGGAGAACCAUUAGUUCUCUGUUAGUAAUAGCUAAGGUUGCUCUUCAAUAUUCGUUGCUGCUCAUUCAAUGAGGUGGAUGGAGCUAUCCGCACUUGGGAAUUGGUUGGAGAAUUGCUUCCCUGAUUAUUAAUUCGUCGAAAUCGUGAAUUCUAUGUGUAUAAUAGCUAAGAAUGGCACCCAGUAUUCCCUUCCUUCCCAUUGGCUUUGUGUUAUUUUGGUUCAAGGUGGACUGGGUUUGAUCAUUGCUGUUAUACAUGCUAAAAGCCUAAAACUCUAGUUGGUUGCGCCAGUACACCAUACCUCUGACUUUGUGGUGCUUGUUUAUUCUUUCGUGCCUGCAGCUAUCGCCACAGUUGUAACGGUGGCCGAAAUUCUCAAGAACAAUGGAUUGGCUGUGGAGAAGAAAAUCAUGACCUCGACUGUUGAUAUGAGGGACGAUUCGAGGGGGCGGCCUGUCCAAAAAGCCAAGAUUGAGAUACUCCUUGGAAAGACUGCAAACUUUGAUGAACUGAUGGCCGCUGCUGCUGAAGAGAGGGAGGCCGCAGCAGCAGCAGCAGCAGAUGAUGAAGAGCAGAGUUGAAAAGCUUCUUCUUGUUCUCAGCAUGGAGGUGCGGUCUGCUUUAGAGCAUAAUGACCAAAAAAGCUUUCUAGUUGGUUCCUCUUUCUCCUUUACCAAAAGGCAGGGAUUGUGAAGCUGUGAUUUUUUUUUGUUGGUCUGUAAGAAAACUGAAAACCCCAUUUGUCAUCUGAGAUUCAAUUUUGUCAAGACUCUUGGUAGUCUUCUUUGCUUUAGUCUAGCUGUUCGUUUCUUUUCUAGGGUUUUUCAAUCAUAUGUAAGCUGUUCUCUUCAUAUCAAAAUCUUCCCAUGUUUUUUGUCUACUCGAAUGAUAUUGAUGCUUCGACGUGUUCAUUUCUAGUUCAA